AUGCAUGGGCAGGCUACAGCACUGCGGGAGGCAACCGAAGGCGCCCUGGAACUGUCGGGGCUGUUUCUGGGUGGGAUAGCGCACGUUGAAAAUUCAUUACGGAUGUGGACCGGCGCGAUCCGCAUGAGAAUGUAGGUCUGUUAUUUGUAUGCGCUAAGUAGCAUAUCUCGAAGUAGGCGCGUGCUGGGAAUAGUAUAGACUAGCACGACAAGCGCAGCAGGGUGCUCGGAUCGCGUUAAUGUUAUAGGCGUGUCUCAAAUGCUUCGCGAUUCUAAUAUAGUGCACAUCUUCAGCGCGUGUGCAAUCAGCGCAACUCUUUCACCCAAUGCAUCGACUCCAUUCCCAUUGGUUCAGCCGAGUGCCAAUGUGAUUUCUUUCAUUUCAUCAGGUUAGAAUGCUUGAAAACGGGCCUCAGCUAUUUUUCUCGUCGGCGUUGGAUCACCACAAGAACGCCCGCAGAGGAUGCAGGCAAUGGCUGGAAGAGAUUUCUGGGCUCAAUGCGUGCGCAGUGGCAUUUCCAUUCAUUUUUUCGAACUCCGUGGUCGAAUGGGUGCGUGCCAAUAGUGGCGACUAUGUCGAAUGGAAUCAGAGGGGAGCGAAGAUUCGAGACGUCAGGUAUUUGGGGACUAGUAUAGAAUACGUGGAUGUUUACAGAUAUUCAAGCACAUGCGUUACCUCUUCGCAUUUUUUACUACAGUUCUUCUCAGGUGUUAUGGUAUUUCUGACUAGUGGGCGCAUGGUGAUGUCGAUUUUUCUUAACGCCACCUUCCAGGUCAUUUGGAAGCAGAAGACAGCCUAAACGCAGCAAGUUGCAAAGAGUGGCUUGUUCAUUUUGUGGUCGCGUUGUUUGGUGCGAGCUCUUCUUGGAAUGCCCCAAGUUUUUC